CUUAACUUCAACACAAAAUGACCUGGAUCUCCCGAACAGUGACCGUGGCUGGUAUUGUGCUUCUAGCGCAUGCGUGCUACUCCGCGCAAGAGCACUCCGCCAUCUCGUCAACGACAGCGCAGCACGGCCUUCCGCAACAGCUCGCGACGAGCUCGCUUCCGAUUGAUAUCUCCAUAGAAGCUUUGGUGGCAACACUGGUGGUCGUUCUUGGGCUGGUCCUGGGCUCCCCGAAGCUCCGUCCGGUCAAGUGGCACGAGUGGGCUGGAAAGAUUGAGCGCGAGGGAGAGGCUGGCUUCCAGACGGGCAGUGGCGAGGUGGAGAAGGAUUACCGUGGGAACCCAUUCAGCGUGCUCGAGACGCGCCCUGGAUUCGUGGAUAUUCGCAAGCAGCGACGCGAGUUUACAAGCUGGGUCAAGGCCGAGCAGAAGUAAAGGCGGGAGCUUGGGGCAUGAUAGCAUACAACCAUAUGCCUCAGUUCGGAUGUAAUCAUGACAUCUCUAUUUACGGCGUUCCCUAGAGCUUUGUAGCGCUCUUAUUGCGGCGUUAUUGAAUCAUUCGCGAGCCUUCCGCUUUUGCCCCUUUGUGCUCUAACGCAAUGGACUACGACCCCUCUCCUUGCAAUAUGGCAAAUCUUGACUUGUGAACACUACUAGCUGCACCAAGGGAGUUCUAUGGCAGUACAAUUAGAUCAACGGAGUAUUCGAG